GAGCAGUGCGGGACUCCAGCCUAUAGCUCGUGAACACUGAAGGCAAUGGUCGUGGUUGGAGUCCUGCUUCACGAGGGACACUUUUACACUGUUCCACGCGAGGAGAGGCUCUCGUGGUUGAAAUGAACCAGACCCCACAGGCUCCCGCCGCGGAUUAAAUCGGAAACUUUUUAAGAUGGAAGCAAGAAAGUAGCGCAAAGAGCCAGCACCCGAACCGCCGUCGCCGACGGACCUUGUACUGCAGAGCAACUCCUCGUAGAUGCACGGCUGCUGCUGAAAAAUAUGCUCCGACCGAGCCGCCUCAGCCCCGGCUUCAGUCGCGAAUUCCCCGUCUUUUAAGCAGUUUUCUGAGACGUUCGCUUGCAUUCCCUGGUUUAGCCCCCCACCCUGCUUCUUACCUGUCAAGUUCGCCGUCCAAGUCCUCGACUCACCUGCGGGAGAGAAUGGCUGGGAAGAUGACAGCAGCGCAAGGCACCGGAAUACUGCUGGUGACAGCCAACGUUGGCUCCCUCUUCGAGGAUCCUGAAAAUCUACAGAAAACGUGGCUGAGGGAGUUAUACCAGACAGUUCAGUCGCAUAAGCCACAUUUCUUAGCUGUGCACUGUCAGGAAGUGGGUGGCAAGAACUACGAGGCGUCCAUGUCACACGUGGAUAGUUUUGUCAGAGAGCUGUUGUCCAGCGAUGCUAUGAAGGAGUACAGCAGAGCCCGCGUCUACCUCGAUGAGAACUACAAGUCCCAGGAGCACUUCACUGCGCUGGGAAGUUUCUACUUCAUUCACGAAUCUUUGAAAAACAUCCAGCAGUUUGAUUUCAAAGCAAAGAAAUUCCGCAAGGUGGCAGGGAAGGAGACUUGCUCCGAGAUGCUGGAAUGCACACCCAUGCUGGAGAAGGAGAAGUUUCCUCAGGACUACUUUCCUGAGUGCAAGUGGUCCAGAAAGGGAUUCAUCAGAACUCGAUGGGCCCUGCCUGACUGUUGUUUUGACCUGGUUAACAUCCACCUAUUCCACGACGCUUCCAACCUGGUGGCCUGGGAGAAGAGUCCUUCCAUCUACUCCGGAACCAGGCAGAAGGCUCUGGGCUACGUUCUAGACAGGAUCACGGACCAGCGGUAUGAAAAGUUGCCAUAUUUCGUCUUUGGGGAUUUUAACUUCAGGUUGGACUCCAAGCAGGUCAUUGAGAGUCUCUGCCCCACCACCACCAUGCAGACCGUCAGAACCACCGACACCAACGAAGUCGACAAGUUAAUAUUCAGAGAAAGCGAUAAUGACCGAAAGGUUGUUCUCCAGCUUGAAAAGAAGCUUUUUAGUUAUGUCAACCAAGAUGUUUUCCGGGAAAACAAUGGGACCUCGCUUUUAGAGUUCGACAAAGAACUGUCAGUGUUCAAGGAUCGACUGCACGAAUUGGAAAUCUCAUUCCCACCCAGUUACCCGUACAGUGAAGACAGCAACGAGGGGAAGCAGUACAUGAACACCAGAUGCCCCGCCUGGUGUGACCGAAUCCUCAUGUCUUCAUCCGCCAGAGACCUGGUCUUAAAGCCAGAAAACGAGGAGAAGUCUCUAAUCUACGAUAACAUCGGACCCAGCGUCUGCAUGGGGGACCACAAGCCUGUCUUCCUGUCCUUCCGAAUAGCAGCGGGGGCAGGUAAACCUAAUGCAAAUAAGCACAAGUGUUGUGUGGUGCAGUGAUGUCGUUCGUGGGAAUUGUUGCCAAAGGGGGGAGAAUAUAUUCUGUGAAGCGCCUCUGUGAGAACACCAGGAGAAACACACACAAACACACACACACACACAAACACACACACACUUUGCACAAGCGUACACUGAAGAAGAACCUAUAGAAACUUUCCAGCAGUGCUGACCAGUCGUCCCCACACCUCAUUCAAUUCAAACUACCCUAUUUUUUUUCCUCCCCCCCCCCCCCCCCCCCCUCUCUCUCCAUAAAACACUUGUUGAAAUGUGGACCAGCACCCGAGAGCGAGGGCCCGGCUCCAGACAAGACACACAUCGCUGACCUCACCGUUGCCAUGCAACCCCCUCCCAAUCCCCAAACCCCAAGACCUCCACUUGGAGAAAGCAAAAUGAACAGGAUGGACGCACGGGAUUGGGCCUUGAAACGCUAAUUAUCUACACAAAAAAAAAACAAAAAAAAAAACAGUCCUGCUAAAUACUACAUCCCUUGUCCACACAGUAUAAGACAAUUUAAAGACAAAUACGUGCAAUGCAAAACAACUUAUGUCGAUAUUGUUAAGUUUAUUUCUAUAACAUGAGAGUUGGCGCCGCUUUUACUGCUCUUCUUUUUUCAUUUCAUUUGUGUCUUAUAUAUAUAUAUUUUUUUUUUUUUCUGCCUAACACAUCAUUUGAGUCCCAUUUUGUACGCUGUACUUUUUAAAGACAUAAUUUAUAAAUCUUCUUACCAAAAUGCUGGAGUGUGUUUGGGAGAUCCUCGCAACCAUGAUGACCUUUUGGGUGGAGAGAGCGUCCAGCCGCGGUGAUUUAUUGCCUAGCCAAGAAUGUUUUAAGCCGUGCCAUAGACCAUGAAAAGUGUAUAAGACUUCAUAUAUAUAUAUAUAUAUAUACAUAUAUAUAUAUAGCACCCUCACCUUAUUCUUUAACUUAUUUCUACUUAAUAAUAUUAUGGUUCUGAAUGUCAUAUUUUAGAUAGGCGUGGGUAUCCUUUAAAAUAUCUUUUUUUUUUUUUUUGCCGAUUUUGUUACUGCAUUAUGGUGCCAAGUAUACAGAAAUGAAGUGUGAAAAUUAUAAGGAUGUGUUUAAAAAAAAAAAAAAACAACUCUAAGAGAAUUUGCUUUUAUUUGCGUUCCAUGUAGCCUGCAGCAGCCUUCAGUGCAAAAAAAAAAAAAAAUGGCUGGAAAAAGGCUGUUUUGUUUUUAUGGAUUGAAUUUACGACACUACACAUCAGCUGAUGAUCAUUUUUGUUUUUUUUUUUAAUCGAAAUCACAGCAAAAUGAUUUUGUGCCUGCUGCAGAAUUGAUGUUUUUGUGUGUGUUGAAAGAAGCCAAACAGGUUGUUGUUAUUUUUUUUUUGUUGUUGUUGUUAUCGUUGUUGUUGUUUUGUUCCUGCUGCUCAUUGUGAGUUGACUUUAGGAAUAUAAGCCGCAGUUUUUCCUUCACUCCAUCUUCUAAAAAGCAAAUAGAGAUUUUAUUGUACAGCCUCUGUGGACGGCCCGGCCUUUAUAGGUGAUGCAGUUGUCAAGCAAUAAACAACAUUAGAACUCAACGCAUCUUUGUCAGUACUCUUUUGUUCUAAUAU